GCUGUGCCUUGCCGGCGUUAAUGAAUUCAUCCACAGCGCUUAAAAUAGCCUGUUGGCUGACGGUUUCAAAACACUACAAGAGCCAAGCUGCAAAGGGGUUGCCAGUUCGACACAUUCGCGCUGGAGCCGACAAAUGAGAAUCGCAGAUGCUGUUACCCGAGAACGACUGUUGGCGGUAGUCUGCACAGACUCCUACGCCAUCUCGUUGCUACAACGUGCGUCUCUGUUCAUCUAGCGUCUCUUUCGUCCUCCGAGGACCUGUGGCACUGUACCUUUAGUAUCUGAUAUCCGCGCUGCUGGGAAGGCUUCAUCUUUUCGGCCCAUUAUACCACUUCCUCACUUUACAUUCUCUUACCACUUCUUUCGUUUAGUUAUUUCAUUUAGUUUUUAUGCAUGCAAGCUAGCAUUAGUGGAUCUGAGGGCUUCUUGCUUCCCUUAUCUCGUCACUUUCAAUGAGUCUCCUGUUAUACGUCCAUAAGCCCGAAAGACGCCGAUUCAGAUCAAGAGAGAAAGCACGAAACCUUAUCCACACAUGCGAACCACCUGAGUCGCCGGCGACUCAGGACAGUCGUUGCGAUGCUAUAGAAACGGACGGGCGACGCUGUCAUCUCCUACUUUCGACCGAGGACCAGACAUGGUGCAGUUGGCAUCUCAGGGAACAGAAUGAUUUGAGCACACGCUGGGAAAAGCUUCACAUUGCAGCGGAAAAGAUUGUGGUAUCCGACGUACACAUGGCCAAAGAGAAGGUUCUCAAGCUCCGUCUAGCUGUGGAACUCCGUCGUCGUAUCAGGGAGAGGUUCCAUACUCGAGGAAUCGACACCGUCGAUUUUAUAGAAUGGAUCGCGAAACUGGAGAAAGAGGCCAGGACGUUGGCGAACAUGAUCCUCAUGUCGAACCUGAACCGGAAACUUCUACCAGAUACACCAGGUGGACUCAAAGAUAGCAACUUCUCGGAACAAAUCAUGAUACUACAGUCUCCGCUCAAGCCUGCGAUACCCAUCAGAUCUCUACAGGGAAUAGACGACGGAACCAUACUCGUUCUCAAGCACUUCUCCACCGACCUGUGCGCGGACGCUAUCCGUCGCUUGUACCAUAUCUUGCCCGAUCUACACUUCUCCUCUCAGUUAUUAGAUUCUUCAGUACAGGACGAUGCCGUUGGAGAUACUGGAGCCGAGAUCAUAUGCGCCUGGUUUAGGAUAAUGAUUCUCAACGACAGCGAAGCCGAUGCACUGGAGCGCGCGACAAGAUCAAGAAGCAUAGGCGAGUACCUAUCUGGUUGCCAAGCGAGCCAACUGGAAACUUAUUGCGACUUCUUCGAGAAAGCCUGGAGACCACAUGCUGUACAAUAUCUUCGGGUGGCGAUCUGCGCGCAAACACUUGCUGGUGGCGAUAUCAAAACUGUUCGACUACUUGGUGGAGACGUCCCCAGUACUAGCGAAGGUCUUGGAAUGACCAAGCCGUGCUGGGAUAUACUGCAUCGCUGGUUCUCAACUCUGCUCACCCCUUGGACUGUCGCAAGCAUAUGUUCCAACUUUGAAGAUUACACUACGCUUUGCAAGUUACUCAUGCUUGGACUGUACCGCGACAACUGGUACAACCCUUCGGGUAUCUUGAGCGAGUGUGCGACUGGUAUCUACUUCGGCUUCAUUCCUAUAAGUAAGGGAGACUUCAGCAAGGCAACCAAGACUAUCGAGAAGGACCAUGGACUGGUACAGACUCAAGCACGAAACUACUUGUGCGGCCAAAUGGCUAUCGGCGAUCCGAUGACGCAGUACUUCCUGGAUGAACUACGCAGGCGGACAGAGAGACUGUACCUGGUCGUCUACGAAGGUACCAACGUUGAUGCCACGGUCCAUCCCACGGAAGCCGACUUAUUUAUAAAACGCACGCGCUCCGUACAGGACUUUUCGCAAGACCCUGAAGCAGCCUGGACUACCAUGAUCACAUUGGAAGACAUCAAGAACGACCUUCGGCUGCGCAAGACGUCUAUGUAUGACCCAAUCGUCGUUGACUCUUGGCAAUUCAUCAUCAUCGAUCGCGAAGUCGGAAUGCCAUUUGAGCUGAUCGACAUUGUUCAAGACACACUGCUUAUGCUCGCUGGCGAUCCUUCGCCUCGAAGGAUAGCAAAACGAGUCGUAUCAGAAGUCAUACCACCCUCCGUACAAGAAAUGUUCAUGGAAGAAAUGUCCAUUGAGUGCUCGGCUGACAUGCGCUUUCCUGCACCGCCCGAAGUUCAGUAUGAAUGCCAUCGAUACCGCCAUCACUCGCCGGACAGAAACGCCAUACUCACGUACCAGAAGAGGACAGCGACUGAGAUUCGUUCCCGAGAUUCCAAUCGCUUCAUCCGGAGAGUCGUCGACGACAUGGAGCGGUGCGGUAUCGUUAGCCUCGUUCAAGAGUACGAGGAGCCUCAGACCCGUCCCAUCAUCAUGCAAGGCUCGGAUGGCGCUCUUGAUCUAUACUUCCCUUACGAUCACAGCGACAAGAUCUCUAUGAUACCAGAGCUUCCUUUGCCUACCCCGAACUGCUUGCUGGACUUCGCCCGAUCCUUCAAACAGCAGCAUCCCGAUGGUAUCAUGGCCAAAGGCUCCAUACAGACGCACUACUGCGCUUGGCCUAUGCCUUUCAUCAAGAGUCUCGGUAACAUUGGGUUGACGUUUGCUACCUGGGAAGGCCACAUCUAUCGCUGGAAUGCAAUGCCCUUUGAUCGCCCUUGGUCCGCUAAUGCAUGGCAAUACUACGUCCAACACUGCAUCAAUUCCAGAUAUCCUUUCGUAAUGUUUUACCUCACCACCUUCGUUAUCUGCGCAACAAAUCGAGCAGAUGCAGAAGACAAGGCGGCAAUGUUGUUGGAAGAGACUGAAGAUCGCGGCUGGCGUGUCGUGCUUCCUCGUGCAAGCGAGUGGAAGUCAGAUAUGAAUGACCUGAAAUUGAACACGCUGUAUGAGGGAGUAAAGCCGGCCUAGAUCAGACCGUACAUUCGUUUUGAAGAGUAUUUCUUGGAGGUUUCUUAAUUUGGUGAGCAGAGUUGGGUUGAUUUUGGGUUCUACCUUUUUGAGCGUUUCAGCGAGUCCCUGUACGUAAUGAUUCCGUAUUGAUACCAAU